UUGAAAUUACGCUUUUUUUUGUAAAAAACUGGAAACGCUUACAAUAGAAUCUUUAGAUCUAUGAACAUCUCGUAUCACCAUAUUGGUGUUGUAAUUGAUAACAUGACACCAGAUGUCGUCGACUCGCCGUUUCGGUUGUGUUUUUCCAGAAAUUGCUUCGUUUUUUCCCUGACGUCUAUAUAAAUACUGGAGCAUAAAACACAGUCAGUAUAUAGAUCAGCGGAAUCUUUCUCCAUAUUUCGCUAUAAUGAUAUACCACUUAACUGGAUACACCACGGUUCGAGCUUCGUUCAUACAGUUAUGUUGCCCUUGAAUAUCGCUGGGAAUGUGGCUAUUUUAAUCUAGCGUUAAUGUAACAUCAUGGCGAGCAAUUUGUUGAAAGAAAUGGGGAAUAAAGAGAGCAUGAAUCUCACUGAAUGCGAUACAAGUUCGGUUCACGCCGAAAGCAGCGAGGCAAAACGUGUUCAAGAGCGUACUAUCGCAGGUCUACCUACAAAGGGGCCAACUCAAUUCUCCAAAUCUGCAGAUGGUAGAAAACCUGUAAACGACGGUCAGUUGCAACAGCAGCAAAUGAUUAGCCAUCCAAGUUUUAACCAAGAAAUGGCUAAAGACUAUUUGCAAAGCUAUGCUAACCUACAACAGCCCAUGUUUUCUACAUCUGGUUUUGCAAAUGGUGGCUCUGCAUUCCCCGGAUCAAUUAUUCCACCAAUGUUGGUUCAGCAGCCCAUGCAAGUACCUGGAAACAUGCCGGGAAUGUUUCAAACUGGAUUCAUGUACCAAGCAUUACCUGAGCAGAAAACAAGUUUCCCUAAGUCAUAUUAUUUUCCACCCUUCACAAAGGGUUCGCUUAUCAUGCUCCCUACUGGUGGAUUGAAACCCAUUGAAGACCUUAAAACCGCAGACUUUAUCGAAAGUGCUAAAGUGUCAAAACAGCUUAGUUUGGAAACCUGUAAGAUUGCUAAAAUUCAGGAUGUACCAAAUAGCCCAAUUACUCUUAUUGGUUUUGCUGUAGAAAGUUAUGAGAAGGAGGUUUUGGUAGAAAAGCCAUCAGAUCAUCCGUUUUAUGUCUACGACCAAGGCUGGGCUUCCUGCAAGCCUGAUGUAACUUUGGCGCAGUAUGGGUUGUCAUGCCAACUGCUAAAGGUUGGUGACCUGUGCUUAUUCCUUUCGGAUAGGAUCGACAAUAGAUCGGACAGGCCAACUGGCCUUGAAAUAAAAACGUCUGUGGACGACGUGGCGGGAAGAAAGCAGCUGAAUUUCGGAGAACAAAACAAGUUUUUGACUUCACAAAGUGCCAACGGUAAAGAAGCACUUAUUGAAGGGCAAACCGGCAGUAAAACUGCGCCGGAAUUGGGGGGGAAGAAAAGUUCUUCAUUUGAAAAUACAGACAAAUCGAACGAAGACACUUUGGGGCAACCGGUUGGAAAGAAAGCGAAGCUGGACAUCAUGAAUAGUAAAACUACUCAAGAUGCUUUAAAAAAUUGAUUAUUUCAAUUAUUUUAGAUAUUUUAUGAAAAAAAUUCAGGUGAUUCGUUACAUAUGCUCGGGUUGGAGAAGAUGUUGGAAUGGUCAGUUUAUAUUUAUACUCGAUUAGUGUUUGUGAACGCGGAAAGUCUCCAGGCACGCGGGACCGAAGGCAAGGAGUAGCACACUAGAGUUUUUGUAAAACAUCGGCAGUUGAAAUUCUUCUUGUGUUUUCGUUGGCUUCAUUGUCUAAAGCAGAUUAAUUAACGGCAUGCAGUGCAACCAAGUGCAACCUUUCAAAUAAAAAGGUGUAUUUCCCCCCUUGCCCCUGCUGGCAGCUGCCCCCCCCUGCCCCAAGUUUUGGUGUGCCUGGAAGCCCCCUCUUAGACUCGGUUCGACCAACCUUGGACAUAAUUCAAGAAAAUCCCUGUACUGUUACAUAUUUCAUUGUAUCUCUUUUAUUCUAUAUGUAGUUAUAGUAUUAAAAAUACUGGUAUCUCGGUAUUUUAACUUUCUCAAUUUGGGAGUAUAGGUUGUACAUAUAAUUAUAGUUGAUAUAUAAUAUAUAUAGCUGGUAUUAUAGAUUUAUAGAAGUACAAA